AUGCCCGGCCGGUUACGUUGCGCCUCCACAAGGCAGGGCCACAUAACGGAGAAAGAUCUGGAGACGUACGCCACUCGGAACGGCCUCCCCGCCAGCUACGUGGCUCCCUUUGUGGAUGCAGUGCGCGCCACAGCCAAAGGCGGCAACGCGACUGUCGGCCGCAGUAGCACCAGCACUAGCAGCAAGCACCAGCAGGCAGACGCGGGGACAGAGGAUGCGGAGGGGGAGGAGGAGGAUGCGGAGCUCACGUUCGCCAUGUUCCGUCGGUUUGUUCGCAGUCGCGAGGAGGCGCUGCGGAGGGCCUUCAACUUGUUCGACCAGGAUGGUGACGGCCGCAUAUCAGUGGACGACCUGGACGCCUCUUUAGCCCGAGUGGCGGUCUGCUGCCCUAAGACUCGCUGCAUAUAUCGGUGUCGUACUCGGAUAGCAAAACAGCUGUAUUCCAAGGCGGCUUCGGAACACGGCUACCUAGGGCUGCCCGAGUUCCGGGACUUCUUCUUGUUGUUGCCUCAACAGGACAUGCUGGUGGAGUAUUGGGUGGCGGCGGGGGCGGCGCCCGAGCUGUCAGAUAAGGUGUCCGUUGCUCGCACAGGGGACGGCGCGGGCGCCAAGGGUUCUCCGUGGGGUGAGGCGGGUGGGCUGGGCUUGGGGGUUGGGUGCGGUGUCGGCGGGACAGGAGAUGACUCCGCUGACAAGCACCGCACCGCCCCCCUGGAGACACUGAGGCUGGCGGCCAUGGCGGGGCAGCUGCAGAGCAGGAGCCUGGUUCAGGCCGCCAGCGAUAUCGUCUCCGCACAGGGCUGGCGGGGCCUGUACCGGGGCAACCUGCUCAACGUGAUGCGGUCAGCGCCGCAGAAGGCCCUGGACUUCUUUGUGUUCGAUGCCUUCAAACGCAUCAUUGGGGACGACACCCACUUGCAGAUCUUCGUGGCGGCGGGCCUCGCAGGGUGCACGAGCUGGGUGGCGCUUUACCCGCUGGAAGUCGUACGAUCAAGGAUCACCGUUGCAGCGGCAGCAGCGGCCGCCGCCGCAGCCGCCGGCUCCGCCGCCGGCGGCACUGCCUCCUGCCUCGCCUCUCCUUCCCCCCACCGUGCCGUUCCGGGUCUUGCGGAGGCCCUGGGCUCCAUUGUACGACGUGAGGGAGUGGGGGCGCUGUAUCGGGGACUGGGGCCCUCCGUGGCGGCAAUCUUCCCCGAGGCCGCCAUCACGUACGGCUUGCAUGACGCGCUCAAGAAGGCCUACACGCGGAUCGCGCGGGAGGAGCCGGGAGUGGCGCCGUCGCUGGCGGCCGGGGUGCUGUCCGCGUUUAUGGGGCAGCUGGUGUCGUUCCCGUUGGAGACGGUGUCUCGGCGGCUGCAGGUGGCGCAGGGCGCUGGCGGGCUCGCGGGAGCGGCGGCGGUGGUGCGGGGCUUGCUGCGGGAGGGCGGUCCGGCAGCGCUGGGCAUCGGCGCCGCCACUCUCCGGCUUGUGCCCAUGGCCUGCGUGUCGUUUGGCACCUACGAGGCCGUGCGUGCGCUCAUAGUGACCUGGGAGCAACGCUGUGAGGAGCAGCAGGUCAAGAAGAUGCUCACGUCCCGCUGUGUACCGCUGGUUCUCACGGGGCCCGAUGGUGGCAAGGAGGUGGUGGGUCGCAUCUGCACACCCGCUGGCUCUCAGUCACCCGGCUUGUGUGGACCCGGAGGUUGGACCUCACCCAAGUUCUGGAGGGAAGCCCGCAAGGGGGGGGUAACACUGCCGGUUGUGGUACAGAGUGCGAUGCGGGGGCGGCAGCAGUUGGAGCCCACGGCGGUCGCUGCGGUGGCAGCAUUUCCUCCAUCCGGGGAUGUGGAUGUCCCGGGGCGGGCUCCGGCGGGUAAACCAGCCAGCCGCUGGGAGAGCGGCGGGAAUGUUUUGCCGGUGUGGUCGCUGAAGCAAUGGACUGGGGGUUAUACGGGAGACAUUGCUGUCGUUUUAGACUUACAGCAGUCAGUUGUGGAAGCAGACGCGGCUGCGUUUGGUCAGGCCAGGGCGGCAACUUGCACCGGUCAGCCCUGGUUCGGGGCGAUUUGGGGCGAGGGGCCGCCUCUGACUUCUGACCAUGGUUCCCAAACUCUGGAUAACUUCUGCUGUACAGUUUAA